AUGGGCAGUUUAGUGGCAGUGACACUUAUCUCUGCCAUGCUCAUGAUCAUGCUAAUGCCCACUUGCACGGCACUUUCCAAUAUAAAUAAAGAAAAACACGCUCUGCUCCAAACGGGUUGGUGGAGUCAUUACCGAAAUAUCUCAAACCAUUGUGAUUGGAAGGGUAUCACAUGCAGUGAAGAUGGAAGUGUUACAGAGAUUUAUGGAUUGGACUUAAGUAUUCCUCCUUCACAAGAGAUGCUGGAGAUUGAGAAGUUGAACGUCACUGCCUUCACGAAUUUAGUCACUCUAGAUCUAUACGGAAUGAGACUCAGAGGAAGCAUCCCUACAGAAAUAAGCAGACUUACAAAGCUUGAAUUUCUUUACCUGUCCAACAAUCGCCUUCGUGGUCCUAUACCCCUCCAACUUGCCAAUUUGACACGUUUGAAGGAAUUGUCUCUCUCCAAUAAUUCCCUUUCCGGUUCAAUCCCUUCCACAUUGGGUCAAUUGAAGAAUUUAACCUCUCUCUACCUUUAUUCAAACCAAAUUGAAGGUCCUAUUCCAAUAGAACUAGGGAAUCUGACACAAUUGAUCACAUUAUCUGCCUUUAAUAAUUCACUUGCCGGUUCAAUCCCUUCUACAUUGGGUAAAUUGAAGAAUUUAAUACAUCUCUACCUUGAUUCAAACCAACUUACAGGUCCCAUCCCUGCGGAAAUAGGGAAUUUGACACAUUUGAGGUAUCUAUAUCUCUCACACAAUUCACUUACUGGUUCAAUUCCGUAUACUUUGGGUUUAUUAGCGAAUUUGACCUAUCUUCGCCUUGAUUCUAACCACAUUGAAGGUCCAAUACCAAUGGAAUUAGGGAAUUUAAAAAGUCUAUGGUUAGUAGAUCUCUCAUACAAUUUACUCACUGGUUCAAUCCCUUCUACUUUGGGUCAAUUGAAGAAUUUGACACUUCUCUUUCUUCGUUCUAACCAAAUAGAAGGACACAUACCUGAAGAACUAGGAAAUUUGUCCAAUUUAGACACUUUACAUCUUUCGCAUAAUAAGAUCUCUGGUUUAAUACCUCCAAAUAUUUUUCAAAUGCCCAACAUGCAUUCUCUAUUUCUUUCAUCAAAUCAGUUAUGUGGCUCACUCCCAAUAGAGAAUUUGAUUUGUCCCUCUUUGACAACAUUAGAUUUAAGCUUUAACAUUUUAAACGGCAGCAUCAGUUCCCAACUUAGUUGUGUCAAUAACCUUAAUCUUAGCCACAAUUUUCUCAGUGGUGAGAUUCCAUCACUCAGGGGAAUGAAAUCUGUGUUGGAUAGAUUGGAUCUUAGUUAUAAUAAUCUCACAGGUAAACUACCCAAGGAACUUGCUAGGCUAUCAUACCUAAAUCUUUCAUACAAUUCUUUUGACUUUUCCCAAGACUACUGUUCUUUCCCAAAAAACUCACUAUUUAGUUACAACCCACCAAAUUUCACAUCAUGUCAAGCUGACCCACAAACCAAUUCACAAACAAGUAAAGCUAAGUUUAUCAUCAUGAUUGUUCUUCCUAUUAUUUGCAUCAUCUUUUUUGUAUUUCUUCCAUUGUUAUACUUCAAAAGAUGUAUGUCUAAGACCAAACUGGAAGGAAGGACAAAAAAAAAUGGAGACUUGUUUUCUAUAUGGAACUAUGAUGGUAAAAUUGCAUUUGAAGACAUCAUUGAAGCCACUGAGGACUUUCACAUCAAGUACUGCAUUGGAACAGGUGCAUAUGGCAGUGUUUAUAGAGCACAAUUGCCAAGUGGCAAAAUUGUUGCAUUGAAGAAACUUCACCAAAUGGAAUCUGAAAACCCAUCAUUUGACAAGAGUUUUCGGAACGAGGUCAAGAUGCUAACAGAAAUACGCCACAAAAACAUUGUGAACCUUCAUGGCUUUUGCCUCCACAAUCGGUGCAUGUUUCUAAUCUAUCAAUACAUGGAAAGUGGUAGCUUAUUUUAUGCCUUGAAUAAUGACAUGGAAGCUAUGGAAUUAAAUUGGAGCAAGAGGGUGAAUAUCAUUAGGGGAAUGGCACAUGCUUUGUCCUACCUGCAUCAUGAUUGUACCCCACCCAUUCUACACAGAGAUGUUACAAGUAGCAAUGUUUUAUUGAACUCUCAGUUGGAGGCUUUUGUCUCCGACUUUGGCACAGCUAGAUUUCUUGAUCCCGACUCUUCAAAUCAAACCCUAGUAGUUGGCACAUGUGGAUAUGUUGCCCCAGAGCUUGCUUAUACAUUGACUGUGACAGAAAAAUGCGAUGUUUAUAGUUUUGGAGUGGUAACACUAGAAACAUUAAUGGGAAGGCAUCCUGAAGAGCUAAUAUCGUCUCUGUCAAAUUCAUCUACUCAAAAUAUGUUGUUCAAGGAUCUCUUGGAUCCUCGUCUUCCUCUUCCUUCAAAUUCAAAAGUUGCUGAUGAAAUACUUCUUGUGGCAACACUAGCACUGCCAUGCUUGCUUCCCAAACCAAAUUCCAGGCCAUCGAUGCAGCAAGUGGCUCAGCAACUUUGUGACUCCAAACAUCCAAUGCCUUUUCCUCUCUAUGAAGUUUCCAUCCUUCAGUUGAUGACUAAAGGGAUUCAUCUUCUUUCAUCUGAGUAUCAAAAGGGAAAUUUUCAACAAGAAAACUAA